UUUACCGGGAGCGCAGCCGCGGGCCGUCCCGGGGGAGCCCCCGCCCGACCUUCUUAAUUUAGUUCCCAAUGUUCCCGCCCCCCAAGUCCCGGACACCGGAGGCGAAGACAGUUCGGGCGGCUACGAUUGGGCGCCGCAGGCGGGACCCGGCCGCCGAGUUGCGAGUUUUUAUUGGCGGGGGCUGGUGUCUGGGUGGCCCGCGCCGCGCAGUCCCGCCCUCGCUUGAAGGUGUGGAAAUAUAAACAACACAAGUAUUUGCCUGGGGCUUUGUGAAACAAAUGCUAAGAAGACACAUAAAGAAGAUCCCUAGCAGCCAUUUCUCAACAAUUAUAUAGUCAACUGAUGUAACAAUGGUACUAAUAUUGGGACGCAGACUAAACAGAGAGGAUCUUGGGGUGCGUGAUUCCCCAGCAACUAAGCGCAAAGUUUUUGAAAUGGACCCCAAAUCUCUGACAGGUCAUGAGUAUUUUGACUUCUCUUCAGGAUCAUCCCAUGCUGAAAACAUACUCCAGAUAUUUAAUGAGUUCCGAGACAGCCGCUUAUUCACAGAUGUCGUCAUCUGUGUGGAAGGAAAGGAGUUCCCUUGCCAUCGAGCUGUCCUCUCAGCCUGUAGCAGCUACUUUAGAGCCAUGUUCUGUAAUGACCACAGGGAGAGCCGAGAGAUGCUGGUUGAGAUCAACGGCAUUUUAGCUGAAGCUAUGGAGUGUUUCUUGCAGUAUGUAUAUACUGGGAAGGUGAAGAUCACAACAGAGAAUGUCCAGUACCUCUUUGAAACCUCCAGCCUCUUUCAGAUUAGUGUUCUCCGGGAUGCGUGUGCCAAGUUCUUAGAGGAGCAGCUUGAUCCUUGCAAUUGCCUAGGAAUCCAGCGCUUCGCCGACACCCACUCACUCAAAACACUCUUCACAAAAUGCAAGACCUUUGCGUUACAGACUUUUGAGGAUGUGUCCCAGCAUGAAGAGUUUCUUGAGCUUGACAAAGAUGAACUUAUUGAUUAUAUCUGUAGCGAUGAACUUGUUAUUGGUAAAGAGGAGAUGGUUUUUGAAGCCGUCAUGCGCUGGGUCUACCGAGCUGUUGAUCUUCGAAGACCGCUAUUGCAUGAGCUCCUGACACACGUCAGGCUCCCGCUCUUGCAUCCCAACUACUUUGUUCAGACAGUUGAGGUGGACCAGUUGAUCCAGAAUUCCCCCGAGUGUUAUCAGUUGCUGCACGAAGCAAGACGGUACCACAUACUUGGCAAUGAAAUGAUGUCCCCAAGGACUAGGCCACGCAGGUCUACUGGCUAUUCAGAGGUGAUCGUUGUGGUUGGAGGCUGUGAACGAGUUGGAGGAUUUAAUCUUCCAUACACUGAGUGCUAUGAUCCAGUAACAGGAGAAUGGAAGUCCUUGGCCAAGCUUCCAGAAUUUACCAAAUCAGAGUAUGCUGUCUGUGCACUAAGGAAUGAUAUUCUUGUUUCAGGUGGAAGAAUCAACAGCCGCGAUGUCUGGAUUUAUAACUCACAGCUAAAUAUCUGGAUCAGAGUUGCGUCUCUAAAUAAAGGCAGAUGGCGCCACAAAAUGGCUGUCCUCCUUGGUAAAGUAUAUGUUGUCGGAGGCUAUGACGGGCAAAACAGACUUAGCAGUGUCGAGUGUUACGACUCCUUUUCAAAUCGCUGGACGGAAGUUGCGCCCCUUAAGGAAGCAGUGAGCUCUCCUGCAGUGACGAGCUGUGUCGGGAAGUUGUUUGUGAUUGGCGGAGGACCUGAUGAUAACACUUGCUCUGAUAAGGUCCAAUCUUACGAUCCAGAAACCAAUUCUUGGCUACUUCGUGCAGCUAUCCCAAUUGCCAAGAGGUGCAUAACAGCCGUGUCUCUGAACAACCUGAUCUACGUGGCUGGGGGACUGACCAAGGCGGUGUAUUGUUACGACCCUGUGGAAGACUACUGGAUGCAUGUACAAAACACAUUCAGCCGACAGGAAAACUGCGGUAUGUCUGUGUGUAAUGGUAAGAUCUAUAUCCUGGGUGGAAGACGGGAAAAUGGAGAAGCCACAGACACUAUUCUCUGUUACGACCCUGCGACAAGUAUCAUCACAGGGGUCGCAGCGAUGCCCAGACCAGUGUCGUAUCACGGCUGUGUGACUAUCCAUAGAUACAACGAGAAAUGCUUUAAGCUCUAAACCCAGGGUACCUCACACGAGAAGCCACGCCAGUCCAAGAGGGAAGUUUUAAAAGCUACCAAGUGAGAACACAUCUUUGUGCUGUACCGCAGAAAGACAAAAAGAAAUAAAGAAAUAAUCCUGAUGCCUUUCUGCCCCAAAUAUCAAUAUUUGAAGCUGUAAUCAAUCCUUUCCUGUAACUGGGGUGAGGGGUGUUAAAAUGAGGUGGUUAAAGCCUGGCAUUGUAGUGCACACCUUUAAUCCCAGCACCCAGAAGGCAAAGGCAGGAGGAUUCCUCUGAGUUUGAACCCAGCCUGAUCUGCAUAACAAGUUCUAGGUCAUCAAGGGCUACAAAAUAAGACCUUGUCUCCAAAAAAAAAAAAAUUGGCCUACGAAUAUACUUCUUCAUCUGUGAGAAACUGUGGGGUAGGAAAUGAUACCCAGCUGUAAACUUCUUAGGGAUUUGUGAACUGUCUUUUAGGAAUGUUGAUUUCUUUUUUUGUCAGUUAUGUAGAGAAAAAUUGUAUGACUGAAGCUUCGUUUAGAUUGAAUCAUCUGAUAUUAAGAAUGUUUAGAAUUCAUUGUGAGGGGAAGAAAUAAGUUUUAAACAUCUCUGUCACUGACUUUAUCCAUACUGAUUAAUUUCAGUGAAGAUGGUUUUCUUUCCUAAUUGUAAAAAUGUAGCAACAAUUCAGUUACCAUAAAAUACCAAAUUUUGUGACUUCAUAGACUGUUCUCUGUUAUUAAAUCCCUUUUGUGAGCUUAAGUAGAAGAUAUAAAAGUAAGGAGAUUUAAAUUAUACGUUAGUCCCUAAGGAAAAAAUUAAAAUAGCUAUCGAAGAAAAAAAAAUGUGAUACACUUUGGUACUCAGGGUAUUUAAUGAAUCAUCUGUGAGUCUGCUACAGAAGUUUUUCCCUUAAAACUAACAGAGGAGUUGAAAUCCCUUUUACAGAGCCAGGAGGGGGUGCACAUCUGUAUCCAGGAUCUGGACCGUGCAUCAGAAGAAACCAUACUGGGACUGAAGAGAUGGCUCAGUGUUUAAGGACACUUACUGCUCUUGCAGAGAACCCUGGUUUGGCUCCCAGCACCCGUAUUAGAUGGUUCACAAAGGCCUGUAAUUCUAGUUCCAGGAAACCCAACACCCUCUCUCUUCUCUGGGCACCUACAGGCAUGUGGUGCACAUAAAUUCACAUAGACACACAUAUGUACAUAAAAGAAAUAAAUCUUUAAAAAAAAAAAAAGGACAUUUGUAGUACUGCUGUAAGAAAAACAAGACAGGUUUGCUCCCUGCCCAGCCCAGUGAGUUCAUCUUCUGGUCUGAUGCUUGCUCAGGUGCCUCUUCCCUGCCUAGUCAGCAUCUCGUCCUAGCAAUCCGCCGAUUCCUUGAUAGCCUAGAGCAGAGGCGCUCCUCUCAGUGGGGCCACUUGGUUGUAAGUUAGUGCUGAGCAGAAAUCUCUUACUUGGGAGCCAUUGUAUAAAAUAUUGAUCAACACUUUCAAAUUUCUAUUAAAAUUUUUUAGGUUUUUCACCUCCCAUUUCCAGUGUUCAAAGGGAAAUGCCGAAGUUUUUUCUUAGAAAUAUAAGUGGGUACAGCAGGAACUAAAACUAGCAAACUGAUUAUCUCGUAACUUGUGUGUGGACAGAUAACGAUUUGCAAUCUGUAGGCCGUCCCGGGUGUUUGCAGUGUGUGACUUCCCAGUCACCUCUGUCUCUCACAAUACAAUAUACUCCUUGUCAGUGACUAUGAUGUUACUAGAUAUCUGUUAAAGUUUAGGUAAUCAUCAAAAGCCCAACACUGGCAAACUUCUUCCUCAUCUUAGAAUAAUACAGAUAUUUCUUAAGAGUCAAUGCUUAAUUAGAAUCUAAAUUCUGAGAGAAAAAUGCUAGAAAAUACACUUAUGAAAUUGUUUUCAAGUCAUAAAUUUUAAAUUUUAAACGAUAUAACUGAUAAUUAUAGAAGCAGUUCAGAAAACAAUUAUCUGUCAAUUGAAAGACAGUUGUAUGUACAAUUGAGGGUAUUUGUACUGUAAUUUUAUAGUAAAUACCUGCAUUAUAGUUUUGUUAGAUAAUGGAAACGUUUUAAUUCAGAAAUUCUUAACAGUAAAGUGUGUGAACAAAAGUGUUUUGUAAAUGCUUAGGAUUCUACAAAUCAUCAUUGUUAUUCUCAUGUAUAUUUGUAAGAUUGUGUCCAUUCAUAAAUACAUCAUAUAAAAGACUUUCUCAAAGUAAAUUUGUAUUUCAGUAUUUUUGUCUAUUGUAAAAAUAUUAUCUACUUGUAUUUUGUAAUGUUUAUCUUUCAUAUACCCUUGUGUUUAUUGUAGUAAAUUGGAAAAAUGCUGAAAAAUCCUAAUUUGCUUAAGCAAAUCAAUUUUUCUUUAUGUAAUUUAAAACCAUAUAAAUUGAAUAGUUGCAAAUUAUGUUAACAGUCACCAGAAAUUAUCUUGAGUCCUAGAAAAUUAACUUUUUAAAGCUGCCCAAUUGAUAUUUAACUUCUUUUAAUUACUUAUCUUUCUUAUAUUUUAACUUCUUUUAUUACUUAUCUUUGUUUGCUAAUUCUUGAUAAAUAGUGGUGGUAAGGCCUGGUUUAAAAAAUUAGUUUUAGGGUAUAAUUAGUAUAUUAAAAGGGAUGUAUCAACAUCUUGGUGUCAUACCAUAUUCAUUCUGUCCUCCCAUAAUUGGCAGGGUUUCUUUUGGUAGGUGAUGCUUAUGUGCAUCUCUAAGUUACGUGUAUGUGUUCGUAUAUAGACUGUAUGGUUGUGUACAUACAUCACAAAUACCCAAUGAUUUUUGCAGUUUCGUUAUCAGAAACAGAUGUGAUAAAAAAAAAAAAUUAGUUGAUCGUGUUCUAUUCAAUUGCAGAAGACUAAAUUUAAACAUUUCUGGAGUACUCUUUGUUGUUGAGACAGGAUCUCUGUAGCCUGGGCUAGCCUCAAACUCUUGGCAACUCUUUGCCUUCUGAGUGCUGCAGGCACAAAUGGAAGCCAGGACCAGUUUUCUAGGAUAAUAAUUUCAUCUGGAAGUACAGAUCUGGUCAUGAGGAUCUGUGUAACAGCAGUGUUAAGGGUCAGAAAGCAAGCUGCUGGUAGAGGAGUCCACACGAGCCUGUUGAGGUCAUCUCAGCUGGAAAGAACUUGAAGGUGUGUUUGUGGAUCAACAGAAAAUUACACUUGGGUUUUGUGUGCAUUAUUUCAUGAACUUGAAUUCUUUUCCAACUCUUCUCCAUGUAUGUGAAAAGGUGGCCUGAGUUCCUCCUUUAUUCUGCGCCAGCCCCACUGACUCUACUAACAGAUGAAUUGAAUUUUCCGUAGCUGUUUUCGUAGACGAUUGGGAUCCAGGUGUUUACUCCAUUUCAAUCAGGUUUAAAAAUACAUAAAUGCUCAGGGAGGAUGUGAGCUUGUCACUGCUGCCCGUUUGGGGUGUGUGCAAAGUGUUGUCUCUUAAAUACUAUUCAGUUGACAACUCUAGACUAAAAUUUGUUCAGAAGCUUCACACAUGGCCGUAGUUGAACAUACGGUCUACUUAGGAUGACAGUGCUUCAUGAGCUGAUAGAUUCUCUGGUGAGUAGGAACUGUGUAUGUACCUGCUGUCAGACUCCCAUUUGGAAAGACAAAGGCUGUUUUUCUACUUUUGUCCAUGUCCAAACCAGGUGUGUGCCGCUUUUUCCUCAUCUGACAGUAGAUUUUAAAAAAUCACUUAGAGCCCAUGCACUGAGAGAGGAAGUUGAGUUACUGUGUGUGUGUUCCUUUAACAUCUCUGGAUAAAAAUGUGAAAAGGAUACAUACUCCAGACUUUUAUGUGGCACCAAGGAGUAAGAUCAUGUCUGGAGGUUUCCUGAGAACUGCCUUGUUUCGUAGUCAGUCCAAGACACCACUGGUUAACAUGAUUUGGCCUUGGUAGCCUUAGUUGUGCAUAGCUGAGUGUGCCCAUAAUUCCAGCCCCCAGGAGGUGGGGGGCUAGAGGGUCAGGAGAGUUCAAGGACAGCCAUGCUGCAUAGUCAGUUUGAGGCCAGACUUCGCCACAUGAAAUCUCAUGUCAGAAAUAAUCAUUGAAUGUUUGACAUUAUGUAGAAAGCUGGAAUUAUAUCACUUCACCCAUUAUUUUUGUUAGUAAAUAAACAAUUCACUAUACCACAUAACCAGAAUGAAGCAGUUCGGCUGACCUGUAAGGCAAUAGAUGGGACUCACUAUUCUUACAGCCACAUCUAAUGCCAGGCAUCAAAAGCCACUCCCAAGAUUGUAAACUGAUAAUGCCAGAGAUGCUUUCAAAAUAUUUUAGACAUUUUAAAGCGUUGUAUUUUAAGCAGGCUGGAGAGAUGGUUCAGCAGUUAGGAACACUAGCCUUUCUGCUCCUGGAGGAAUCUGGGGGUAGGUCUGAGCACCUUCAUGGUGGCUCACAAGCGUCUGUAACUCAGUUCCUGGGGUUCCAAUACCCUCUGGCCUCCACAGGCACCAGGCACACAUACGGUGCACAUACAUUAUGUGCAAACACUCAUAGUACAGACAAAACAUUCAUGCACAUCAAAAUUAAUGAAAACUAUUCAAAUACUGUAUAUGAACUUUUUUACAUUUUUGUAAUUACCUUAAAUAUUAAGCUUACAUCAUGGUAAAGGUGACCCUGAGUUUUAAAAAGUGAAGUCAUAACUUUAUGUAUCUUUCCAAAGAAGUUUUGCUGGAAUGUCUGUGCCUUAAGCUCCUCAGUGCACUUAAGUCUGAUAAAAUUGGGCAUGCAUAAACUGCAAAUUUGCCUCCUAUGCAGUAAUGCAUGUCUUUAUUUUUUUGUUGUUUGGUUUUUAUUUUUCAUUUUUGUUAUUGAAACCGGGUUGGUUUUACCUUUUGAGUCAGGGUCAUAUAUAGCUCAGACUGGCCUAGAACUCUGUUUUUGCUAAAGAUGCUCCUGAACUCCAGUUGUUCUUUAUCUCCCAAGUUCUUGGAUGACAGCAUGUGCUACCACACCUGGCUGUUUGGGUUCUUGUCUGUGGAUUGGUUGGUUGGUCGGUCCAUCGAUUUCAUGUAGCCCCAGCUGGCCUGGAACUCAGUACAUGGCCAGGCUGGCCUUGAGCAACGGCAAUCCUUCUGCCUCUGUCCACCACACCCAUUUGGCCUGAAGUGCGUUUGUGAGUUCCAAGUGUGUCGUUGCUUGGCAGAAAGAGAAUGUUAAAUGAGGUUGUUGCUUGGUUUACAUUUUUAACUCUUGGUACCUAGGUGCUUUUAAAAUUCUCAGAUAAACACCCAUUAUGUUCAUAAAGGUCAUUUGAAAUAUCUAAUAGUGAAGAAACUAUGUGUAGUUAUUUCUGUUAUGUCCUUAUAUUAGUCAUUAGUUCUGCUCUGGGCUUUUUCUUUUAAUUUUCUUGAGAAAGCACUUCCUCUUCCUUGUCACCCCCCUGCAGUUUGAGUUUCGAGAGUUCUCUGAGGUAAGGCCUUCAGAACUGAACAACCGUAAUGUGCUUUACUAUAAAGCCACACACCUAUUGCUUUCAGUUUGAAUCUUCACAAUGACAAAAGGAUGUUUUCUGUGUUCUUCUUGGUUCCGUUGUAGUACAUUAAUGCUUAUGUUUUUGUUUAAUGGCACUUCUUCCAUAGUUUAAAUUUUUAAAAGUUGUAUCUAAUGUCUUUUAAAUAUUACUUGACUAUAUGGUUGCAUUAAAUUUUGUUUACCAAAAA